AUGGAGGAGUUAGCAAAGUCUUGGAGUUGUCUUACUCCCUCGGACGUGGAGGGUUCUCAAGUUAGUAUCACAGAAAUUCCAAAGUUCGUACUUGCAGCAAGAUUUCUCACCAAGAGGGCUUUGAAUGUGGAGGCUAUUGCCAAAACAUUUACACCCAUAUGGAGGAUGAAAAACGGUUUUAGGGUGACAAAGGAGAGUGACCACGUGGUGCUCUUUACUUUCGAUAACCAAACUGAUCUGGAGCAAGUUCUUAAUACAGAACCAUGGAGCUUUGAUAAGCACCUUAUGGUUUUGCAUAGGUACGACAAAGAGGUUGAGGUAUCAGAGAUUGAUUUUAAUACGGUGGCUUUCUGGAUACAGGUACACGAAUUACCAGUUCGGUUUCGAACAAGGGCUGUGGCAGAAAAGAUCUGUGGUGCUGCUGGUGUGGUAGACAAAAACACGGAGGAAGGUGACAGUAUGGGAGAUGGUUUUGUUCGAGUAAGAGUCAAGGUGGAUAUUUCAAAACCUUUAUGCAAGGGCUGUGUGGUUUCUUUGGAGAAUGGGAAGGAAAUCUGGGUUUCUUUUAAGUAUGAGAGGCUGUCAAACCUGUGCUAUUGGUGCGGCAAUCUCAUACACGACGACCGGGAUUGCGAGGUGUGGAUUGAGAGUGGUGUCACGUUACCAUCUGAAGCCCAACAGUAUGGUGCAUGGAUUAGAGCUUUACCAUUUGUGCCAUAA